CCGUGGAUGCCUCUACAGGAUUUACUGGGCCAUCCAAAAAUCCGUUUGCUCAUCACCCACGGUGGACUCAACAGCAAACAAGAGGCCGUCUACCACGGGGUUCCGUUCAUCGCUUUGCCCGUCUUUGCCGACCAGCCCAUCAACGCCCAAAAGGCCCACGACGACGGGUACGCCGUACGCCAUUCGACUCGUUUGGGACCAUUUGACGCAAGAAAUUCUUUUCGGCGACAUCUAAGGUCACAGGCUGGAGGUGCAUGUGAUUGUGGUGAUACUAGUGUCAUGAAAGAAGCUGGUUUUUGUGAACGUCAUCAUGGUCCCCAUGCUCAUGUAGGGAAACCCAUUCUGCCACCUGAACUGCUUGCUAUUUCUCAAGCUGUAAUGCCACUAAUUAUUUUACAAUUGCUUCAACAUUUGAGAUCACACAGUAUAACAGACAUUUUGGAAGAUCAACUCCAAUCUGUUCAAGAUGCAGACUGUUUCAUCACUAUGUUGCAUGACUAUAUAGUGGAAUGGGAGCAGCUAUGAGACAUGUCAUGACAUCAGCACUAAUUAGCCCACAACUUUAUGCUCACCUAACUGAAGUCCCUUCAGGUGAUUCAGAAUAUGCUCAGUUUAUGAAAGAGGCACAAAGGAUGUAUGAAAAGUCUCUAGAAAGUCUUCCAGGUCCUGAACCACCAGAUGAAUAUAAAGGUAUAACAACCAAAAAUAAAAAUGUUUACAUGGAAUUUUAUUCGGUUUAUUAUUAUCAUCAUCGGUUAUACAUACUACUGAAAUUUUACUCAGAAAUUACUCAGAAAUUUUAAUUCUGACUUGUUGAAACAUGUUGGGUCUUGUAUUUGUUAUAACAUAACAUUAGGUAAUAAUAAUAUACGUUCAUAUGAAUCUUAA